UCCUUCUCCUAUUCACUCGCGCUCGCCCAGACCUGCCCUCCCCACCAGCCAUGUCGCUAUCUCUGGGCCCAUGUCUUGGUGUCUUGCCCACCUGCUCCAGUCGAGCAUAGCACCGCUGGGCGAUUACCACCCUCCUACCCUGGCCUCUGUUACUCACCUUCGAUCCGGACCAGGGUCUCUUCCGUCCCACAUUUAAUAAGCACUGUGUGGGAUCCAGUUGCCCACCAGCAGAGCAAACAGGUGCAUUCUCCGGCAUGCCGUGAAUGCUUCGUCUAAUCCGCCGCCAUGCCUCCCACACUAUCGCCAAUUACCGGUACCGACACAACGGUAACCUUUGGGCCGGUCGCGUGCCUGCAUUCUGCAUCUUAGUCCGCUGCUUAACGUCAAACUCUUAUCACGCCCUGUAUACAGCUGCUGUCUUCAGUCGCCCCUCUGCUGCCAGAAGCAUAAUUCCACCGAGGAAUGGGGUCCUGAACGAGUGUAGCUUCCAAGCUGCCUGGAAGCCAAUGCAACGUGCAGCCAUGUGUGUUGAGCGGGAAACCGCCAAAAUAGGCUUCUCGUUAAUACAUGUGCAAUCUAACACCUAUCCCGUCCCGUUCCAAUCAUCGGGUUUCUCCAUCUUUCAAUUCUCGACAAAGUGGAUACCUGCUCACGUCAACAUCCUUAGGUGUAGCGACGUUUGGACAACCCCUCUACCUAUAGGCACACAGCGCUUACACUCAAUCCACGUGUCGGGUAAGGAUGAAAAACUCUGUACAAGUACACCUAGAGUCAACCGGAUUCAUUGCAUCCAAUCGUAAAUUGGCGUUACCCUUCAUUGUGCCUUGGUAGAAUUCUCGGAACUGGAUGGCGCCUGUGCUUUUCCGCAAUAGCUUGACGCACAAAAGGCAGCUCCACCCAUGCGUCGUAGACAAACACUGCGACUGAACCUCUUUUCUGUAUACCAUCAGUACCUCUUGGGGGACUAAAAUAGAUGGAUCAAAAAAACUAGGUACGUUCAGCAUUCAGUCUUAAACACAGCCUGGAUUAUUACAAAGGGCAUUAUAACCUUGAUAAAACAUCUAGAACUCUUCCCAAGUGGGGAAUCUUUCA